CACCGCCGAGGCCGCGAGUGGAGACGGAACGCGCUCAGCCCCGGGCCACAGCAGCGCGGCCCGAGGGCGCAAGCAGGACCCGGACCAGAGCUCAAAAAACAGUCGGAGGACAGGAAACACGCCUCGCCUCACCUCGGGGAAGGAAGAGGCCUUUUCUGGCCAUGUCUUCUGUAGCAGCUGCUGAACCAGAUGGGGACCAUCGGGAUGGGCAUGUCACCAAGCUCAUUUUCUUCCUUUUUGUCUUCGGGGCCGUCCUUCUGUGUGUGGGAGUUCUGCUGUCCAUCUUUGGGUACCAAGCAUGCCAAUACAAACCCAUCCCAGACUGCAGCCUGGUGCUGAAGGUAGCUGGGCCUUCGUGCGCAGUGAUUGGGCUUGGGGCUGUAAUCCUGGCCCGCUCUCGGGCAAGACUUCAGCUCCGGGACGGGCGACAGCCAGGCAGCAAUCAGGCAGACAAUGAUCAAGCCUUCAUCUGUGGAGAGAGCCGCCAGUUUGCCCAGUGCCUCAUCUUUGGUUUUCUCUUCUUGACGAGCGGCAUGCUUAUCAGCAUUCUGGGCAUCUGGGUCCCUGGAUGUGGCUCAGACUGGGUACAGGAAUCCCUGAAUGAGACAGACACUGCGGACACAGAGCCCCCGAUCUGUGGGUUCCUCUCUCUGCAGAUCAUGGGCCCCUUGAUUGUGCUGGUGGGAUUAUGUUUCUUCGUGGUUGCCCACGUAAAAAAGAAGAACAACUCCAGCAUGCACCAGGACACUGCUGAGGGCGAGGAGGGGCACACCCAGAACACGGAGCCUGUCCAGGUCACUGUAGGUGACUCAGUGAUCCUAUUCCCACCCCCUCCACCACCUUACUUUCCUGAGUCUUCAGUUUCUGCUGGAACUCGAAGUCUUGAGGCCCACAGCGUGCUUCCUUCUGAAAAUCCACCUCCAUAUUACAGUCUUUUUCACCAUAGCAGGACCCCAACUCCUGAGAGCGAGGGUGCAGUCUCUGCAGGAGGGCGGGAAGCCGUGUACACCAUUUCUGGGACUAACACACUCUCUGAGGUCACACCCCCUUCACACCUCUCCUUGGACUCACCCCCUAGAUAUGAAGAGAAAGAAAACCCCACGCCCCCCUCCUUAGCCCCAUCUUCUGAGCCUUUUCCGCCAUGAACUGUGGGAACCUGUGUAAUUUUGUAUAUAUAUAUAACUGAUCACUGUUUUGUUUGUGUGUUUUUUUAAAUAAAAAAAUGCAACAGCA